AUGAGUUCCAAAUCUGCUGCUGCUAUCUUGCAACGACAAUUCAAAGACUUGACUGACCCCAAAAAGAGAAUCCCAUCAUUCCACAUUGAAUUAGACGAUGACAAUAUAUUUUUAUGGAACAUUGGAGUCAUGGUGCUCAACCCAGACUCAUUAUACCACGGAGGAUAUUUCAAGGGGCAAAUGAGAUUCCCCCAAGAUUUCCCCUUUAGCCCACCAUCAUUCCGUUUCACCCCUGCCAUUUACCACCCAAACAUUUAUCGUGAUGGUCGGUUAUGCAUAAGUAUCUUGCAUCAGGGUGGUGACCCCACUAGCGAUGAACCAGAGAGCGAGACUUGGUCACCUGCGCAAACCGUUGAAAGUGUUUUGAUUUCAAUCAUUUCUCUCUUGGAUGAUCCUAAUGGUAACUCGCCAGCAAACAUUGAUGCUUCGGUUGAGUUUAGGAAAAAUUUCCCCGAGUAUAAGAAGAAGGUGUUGAAGGAGGUUGAACGUUCCAAAAAGGAUAUUCCUGAGGAUUUUGUCAUGCCGGAUGACUCUACUCUGGCCUAUAGCAAUGAUCAAGCUCAAAAGAAUCGGGAGUUGAUUGACGAUCCUAUAGAUGAGGAUUUUUGGUAUGAGAGCGAAGAAGAGGAGAGUUUUGAUGAGGAGAGUGUUAUGGAUGAAAAUGAAGGUGAUUAUGCGGAGGAUGAUGAAGAGGAGGAAGAGGAGGAGGAAGAUGAGGAGAUGAUUGCAAAGUGA